GCCCCCCACGGGCACCUGCAGAGCCCUCGUCCCCACCAGUGUCUGCGCCAGAGAACCCAGGCCGGGUGGCCUCUGCUGACCCUGUGGACACGGAGCCCCCUGGGGAGGCGGCUCCCGUGUCACGGGAGGCUGGGGGAGCAGGUGGGCCCCAGGCGGGCGUGCGCUCCAUCAUGAAGAGGAAGGAGGAGCCCGGAGACCCCUCAGCCCACAGGAGGAGCCUGCAGUUUGUGGGGGUCAACGGCGGGAUGGAGCUGAGCCCCGAUCUCAUCUCAGCCUGCUUGGCGCUGGAGAAAUACCUGGGCAACGCCAAUGCGCUCACCGAGCGGGAACUGAAAGUGGCCUACACCACCGUGCUGCAGGAGUGGCUGCGCCUGGCCUGCCGCAGCGACGCACACCCCGAGCUCGUGCGGCGCCACCUGGUGACCUUCCGGGCCGUGUCGGCGCGGCUGUUGGACUACGUGGUCAACAUUGCCGACAGCAACGGCAACACCGCACUGCACUACUCCGUGUCACACGCCAACUUCCCCGUGGUGCGGCAGCUGCUGGACAGCGGCGUCUGCCAGGUGGACAAGCAGAACCGCGCCGGCUACAGCCCUAUCAUGCUCACCGCCCUGGCCACGCUGAAGACGCAGGAUGACAUCGAGACCAUCACUCAGCUCUUCCGGCUCGGAGACAUCAAUGCCAAAGCCAGCCAGGCGGGGCAGACAGCCCUGAUGCUGGCCGUCAGCCAUGGCCGGGUGGACGUGGUCAAAGCCUUGCUGGCCUGUGAGGUGGACGUCAACGUACAGGACGAGGACGGCUCCACGGCCCUCAUGUGCGCCUGUGAGCACGGCCACAAGGAGAUCGCGGGGCUGCUGCUGGCGGUGCCCAGCUGCGACAUCUCGCUCACGGACCGCGACGGGAGCACCGCGCUCAUGGUGGCGCUCGACGCGGGGCAGAGCGAGAUCGCGUCCAUGCUGUACUCCCGCAUGAACAUCAAGUGCUCGUUCGCCCCGAUGUCGGACGACGAGAGUCCCGCGUCGUCCUCGGCGGACGAGUGACGAGGAGGAGCCAGCGGCCUCUGCGGCCACCAGCCCCGCAGCGAACCGUGCCGGCCCGUCCCUGUCCCCUCCUCUCGGGCCCGCUGCUGCUCCCCGAGGCCCCCGUUGUCUGCUCUGCCUCCCUGGGGACCCGGCCGCCGGCCGCCCCAGCGCGGAGCCGCUUUCCUUCCAGGACCCGGUGGGAGCCGCGGCCGCGCAGGCCGAGCUGAAUUCCCGUCCGCGCUGGCAGCGGCUGUUGGGCGGUGUGGGCCGGGGCAGGGGCGGGGAGAGGAUAUUCUUGAAUCAUCGUUGAGGAGGGCAGAGCCCCGGCCCCCGAGGCCAAAUCUGAAAGUCUCCGUCGUGGUGGGUUUUCCUCCACGCCAGUGCGGUGCGCGCAGGAGCCCGCGGCUCCGCCCCUCGCCUCCCCUCCUCUGAUAUUUGAUACCGUUUUCUUCACUCCCUCCCCCAACACCCCAGACAGCUCUCUGGGGACGUCUCUCAGCCGUGGUCCUUUUACAAAACAGUUGUAUGUCUCUUGCAUUGUCACGCAGGGCAGAAAGCUCGGUCCUUCCUUGUCUUUUGUGGGGUUUUUUGAGAUAGGGUCUCACUUUGUAGUUCAGGCUGGCCUUGAAUUCUCUGUGUAGCCCAGGCUGACCUCGAACUCUCAAGAGAUCCUCCUGCCUCAGCCUCCGGACUGCUGGGAUGACAGUAGCGCACCACCUCACCCGGCUAUCUUCUUGCCAUUAUUGCUAGCGUCAACCCCUCCAAACUGGGAGGGUAGGGCUGUGGGGCUCAGGGUCCCACCGCUGUGGUCUCAGUAGCUCUGUGACGUGGACGUCACCAGUGCACAAGGAGGAAUGACUCAGAAACCCGUCCUCUCCCCUCGGAGGCCCUGGCAAAUGUUAAUUUUCCUAGAAAAUCCUUCAGUCCCAGAGACCAAAGAAAAGGACCAGUUCUGAGUGGCUGCUGCCUCCAGGGUCCGGAACCCUAGUAACCGGGCUGUCUCUCCUCCCCAGGGCUCCAGAACCUCUCUCUUCCAGGAAGGAAAACAGGGUCUGUGCGUGUUGGCCGAGCGCAGGGCGAGCUCCAAAGCUCCCAUGUGUGCACAAUUAAAAGUUGGCCGCCCCGGGCCAGACUUAAAGAGACAGGGCUUUGGGGAAGCCAAACAAGGGCCGGCUGGUUUUCUUUUUUUUCUCUCUCUGUGUCUGUCCCUCCGUCACCCCCUCCCUCCCUCCUUCCUUCCUCUUCUUGGCCUGUUUUUGUCCUCAGAAUCUUGCCAUGCUUUGCCUUCCUGUUCCUGGUACGGAAGCAAAAGGAAAAAGGGCUCCGGGCCUGUCCUGUGCCUUGCGGCGGGAAAAAGUUCCCUUCCAAGCCCGCGUCCUGCCUUUCUUGUCAGACUCUUAGCUGGUCUUGCGGGACUUGGAAGGCAAACCUUGGCGGGACGGCGUUAAGCCCCAGGAGGUCACAGGUCCAUUGAAUAAAGCAGAGCGCUGGCUUCUGUCCUAGAGAAGUAGGCUUCUUGGCUGGAUGUGGUCUGGCUGGCUUUUUUUUAGACAUUCUGGCUUUGAACUCGAGGAAAUUUUCCUGCCUCAGCCUCCUAAGUGCCAUAGUUACACCUUUUUUUUUUUUUUUUUUUUUUUUUUUAAAUUGAAGGGAUAUACCAAAGAGAAAAAGACCUGGAGGCUCAACAGAACAAUCAGGAUGGCUGGAUAGACUGUGUGUGUGUGUGAGUGAGUGAAUUAGAAAACAACCCCCCAAGAGGCUGAGGCAAGAGGAUCUCCAGGAGUUUGAUGCCAUCCUAGGCUACAGAGUAAGACCCUAUCUCAGAAAAAAAAACAAAAACUCAGACAACUGGGGAUAGCUGCUGGUGUGUGAUGGGAGGGAGCAACUUUGAAAAGUGGUACAAGAGCUGUGUACCUUCAGGUCCAACCCUAAAGCCAGCAGGUGCGUUUUAUUUUAAGCUCCUAGAAGCGGCUCUGGCCCAGGAGUGUGUGACCCCGCUCUGCCUGGUUUCUACCAUUCCUGCUGUCCAGACCUACGGGGACCCGCAGGGGACAGACUUCUGUGCCUUCUCUCCCCUCUAUAUUAUCCACAAGCUUUCAUGGCACCUUCCAACCACGGUACAUCCAUAGACAGUAUUACACAUAAACCAAGUAUUCUUUUUUGUAAUCUUUUCUAGAAGGUAAAAGAAUGUAAUAAAGCCGCAGAGCAUGCCGGCA